AUGGUGCAGAGCCUGUUUGCCAGCGAGAGCCUGCAGAAGAUGAUGGUCACGGAUGAGGCCUCGCACAAGAAGCAGGCGCGGCUGGAUGAGCAUUCGAAGAGGGACGAGGUGACUGCAGCUGAGUUUGAGACACAGUGUGGCAAGGUGGCGGGCUGGAAGAAAGACAUCGAAGAGCUUCUCCUGGAAGCAAAGGUUCUAGUCCGCCAGGCUUGGGCGAGAGACGAAGAGGAGAUGCGUCUGCGCGAAGCUGCGAAGCCCAAGGGAUCAAGCGGCAAGAAGACUGCGAUCAAGAAGGACAAGAAAGAGAAGCAGAAGAAAAGUGAGAGCCCGAGCGACUCG